AGCUCCGCCCACUUGGCUAUUUCCGCCGCACAGGUGCCUGGACACUAUUUAAUGAAUGAGCACAAGUAACUUCUCCAGCGCUAGUUGCCACUUCUUUGAUUAGACAAAAACAACAUGGUUUCAAAACUGGAAGACGCAAUGGAAGGCCUGAUUACAGUGUUCCACACAUACUCCUCCAAAGAGGGAGACAAGUGCAAGCUAAACAAAGCUGAACUCAAGAGUUUGCUUCAGGGAGAACUCAGUGACUUUUUAGCAGCAAGCAAAGACCCUAUGGUUGUGGAGAAGAUCAUGUCUGAUCUGGAUGAGAACCAGGAUGGAGAAGUGGACUUUCAGGAGUUUGUUGUGCUGGUGGCUGUUAUCACAGUGGCAUGUAAUGAUUUCUUUGUAGAGAGCAUGAAGAAUUGAUGUUUUUCCAUGUCUCUCUUAAGCUGUGUCAUUUUGUAAACAUCAUUUAUCAGAAAUAAAGACUCUAGUGAUGUGCA